AUAACCAAAAAUAAUAUAGCUUGUAGGAGACAUCCAAUAAAGUGCUGGCCAGGCCAUUGCUUUUUAUAUUUUUCAAGCAUUAUUAACAGAAGAUGCUUGUUCCCUCCCCCUUUACAUUACUUGCACUUCUCACAUCUUCAAUAUUCUUCGGCUUCAACACUUCAUUAAUGGGAAAUUGUCUCAAUCUGCCUUCUUCAACAAAUGUCUCCAAGAAAAUCAGCAAGUCUUUGCCCAUUGAAACUCUGUUCAAGUUUCCUUCUUCAUUGCCCACUUGGCCACCAGGUGAAGGUUUCGCAAGUGGAACCAUUGAUCUAGGAGGAUUACAGGUGUGCCAAAUCUCAUCUUUCACCAAAAUUUGGGCAACCCACGAAGGCGGACCGGAUGUGAGUGGCGCAACAUUUUUUGAACCAUCGCCGGUCCCAGAAGGUUUUUUCAUGCUUGGUUGCUACAGCCAACCAAACAAUUUGCCUCUAUUCGGAUGGGUUCUAGCAGGAAAAGAUAUCACAGAGGACCCAUCAAAUGGUGCUCUGAAGCAACCAAUUGACUAUACUCUUGUUUGGAGUAGUGAGUCUUCCAAAAUCAAGCAAGACGGCAACGGCUACAUUUGGCUGCCAACACCGCCUAACGGUUAUAAAGCCGUUGGGCAUGUUGUCACAAACUCCCCUGAAAAGCCUUCCCUUGACAAAAUCCGAUGUGUUCGCGCUGACCUCACUGAUGUAUGUGAGACUGAGGCAUGGAUUUGGGGGAUAGGUAAAGAGAUCGAUACAAACGGGUUCAAUGUAUUCAGUUCAAGACCAACUAAUAGAGGGCCACAAGCUCUAGGUGUCUCUUCAAAUACAUUUGUAGCCCAAAAUGGUGGGGCUGCUUUAUCUUUAGCUUGCUUGAAGAAUGUCAAAACCAAUCUAUCUUCAAUGCCUAAUCUAAGCCAAGUUCAGGCACUAUUCCAAGCUUACUCUCCUUUGAUUUACUUUCAUCCUGAUGAACAAUACCUUCCCUCUUCAGUAAGCUGGUUUUUCACAAAAGGGGCACUCCUAUACAAAAGGGGGGAAGAGUCAAAACCUGUUCCUAUCGAACCAACUGGCUCGAACCUCCCACAAGGUGGUUCGAAUGAUGGAACCUAUUGGUUGGACCUCCCAGUGGAUGCAGCAGCCAAAGAGCAAGUCAAGAAAGGAGAUUUACAAGAUGCCGGGGUAUACCUGCACGUUAAACCAAUGCUUGGCGCGACAUUCACAGACAUAGCUAUAUGGGUGUUCUACCCUUUUAAUGGACCAGCAAGGGCUAAAGUUGAACUCAUCAAUAUUUCCCUAGGGAAAAUUGGGCAACAUGUUGGUGAUUGGGAACAUUUGACACUAAGGGUGAGCAAUUUCAACGGGGAGCUAAAGGGUGUUUAUUUUUCGCAACACAGUGGAGGCACUUGGGUCAGUGCUUCAGAACUUGAGUUCCAAAAUGGUAACAAAGCUGUUACCUAUGCAUCAUUGCACGGUCACGCCUUCUAUCCAAAGCCAGGUCUAGUUUUACAAGGGAAUGGAGGUAUAGGAAUAAGGAAUGACACCGCCACGAGUAAGGUGGUCAUGGACUCUGGAGUGAGGUUUGUGGUGGUUGCAGCUGAUUACUUGGGGUCAACUAUUGUUGAGCCACCAUGGUUGAACUAUGCUAGGAAAUGGGGUCCAAAAAUUGACUAUAACAUUGACGAAGAGAUCAAGAAGGUGGAGAAAUUAUUGCCUGGAAAGCUGAAAACUGCAUUUGAGAAGGUUGUUAAGAGUUUGCCAAGUGAAGUAUUAGGCGAGGAAGGCCCUACUGGCCCCAAAAUGAAACCUAAUUGGAGUGGGGAUGAAAAGGUUUAAUUAAUUACAUUAUGUAAAAUAGGUUUGCUGUAAAAUCUGAAAAUAAGAUAUUUAUACUUCUUGUCACUACACAACUAGUAUUGAUAAUAUGCCACCAAAUCAUUUGUGUUAUAGCUUGAUUAUGUUCUGCAGAUGGAUAUUAUGUAUUCUUCCCGUCAGUGUUCACAAUUAUGAUCAUAAAUUUCAUGAAAAAUUAAUGCAUAAAUCUACUAUGUUGGCGUAUCAA